AUGGCGAGCAGCCCCCACUGAAGGUGGAAGAUGAGUGUCCCAUUGGCUCCCAAGAAAUCAUAUUACACUCAAUUGCAGGACAACAGAAAGGGGGUGAAAAAUAAUAAUGAGAGUCUCCUAAGUCUGGGUGAUUCUAAUGCCAAUCAGAUCAUGGUGGAGGGCGGUCCCUCUCGUGAUGAGUCUCAGACAUGUGACCUGACAGAUGAAAUUGGAAAUGCAAAUUCACAUGAGCCAGAAAACAGAAGCCAUUUCCAUAACGAAUUUCACUCACUUCAGCGCUUUGGGAAGGGAUUGCAGGCUGGGCCCAGCAGCCUGAAGGAUUUAAAAUUGUCUUCGACUGUUCAUAGGGAAAUAAACAAAGAGCACACAAUGCAGAGAGGCACAGCUCUCCUGCAGCCCGCGUGGAGUGGACAGGGACCAAGUCUGGCAGGCUGGAGGUCUGUUACGGGUGAGACCAGUCCAGACGUUUUGACUCCAAGGGGCACCGAAGCUCCCCGACAUGCUCCCAACGAUCAACUGGCAAAGACGCUGAACGACGCGGCACUGAGAAGGCACGCUUUGGAUAGGGCGAGCAGCCCUGCUGCUGCAGGGGACCAGUUUAUGAAGGAGUGUGCCGGGAGCCUGACUCAGCCACCUCCACAGCCUGUCCCACUGGACCCCCCUGAUGCCCCGGAUGGCAUGCCCAAAGGUGGUGAGGGGCCACAGAAGACAGUGACAUCCCACUCCCCAGGGACAGCUUGUCCUCCAGCUGACAUCACCUCAGAGGGAAAGAGUGUGUGUCAUCCUAAACCAUCUACCUCAGAAACCAAGGAGACCACCUGCUUAGAGCCCCCGAUGGAAGGAGCACAUGUGCCAGAAGUUAGCAAUGAGAGCACACCACGUUCUGCCCAUUCAGAGUGUGCUCUGACUUCAGCACCCAAGGAAGUCCUGAGUAAGCCAGAAGCACAAUUAGAUCAGGAAAAGGGAGAGCCCAAGCCAGAGCUGAAAUGUGUCCAACCCUGGGCCCUGCAGGAGUUCCUGUCAGCCCGGGCCGAGUGUCUGGGGUGUCCCAAGGAAGACAGCGUCUUACUCCAAGAGAGAAAUUUGCCUGGCGGGGAAGCACAGCAAGAAGCCCCCACCAGGGCGGUCAGCAGCCUGCCCCCGCCCCAGAGCAGUGUCCACACGCCUGGAGGGCCAAGAGGCAGAAAUGUGCAGGACCAGAGCGCCGUCCCCCUGGGUGAGCAAGGCUCUCUCCAGACCUUCCCCAAACCUGGCCCUGCUUCCUUGCGAGCUGCUGAUAAUCAGCUCCCUGGCAAAAUUUCACCAAUUGCAGCUGGGAAGCUGCAUGAAAGUUCAUCCAGCAGCACGUCACCAGGUGAUGGUCACGCAGCUUUUAUUCCUCAUGCCCCAGCUGACAGCAGACCCUCAGCUGCCAGCGAGGAGAAAAGGGUGCUAAGCUGUGGGAGCAGGGCCAGUGCUAUGGAUUUUACUUCAGAUCCUUCUGUUGGAGAGAGUAAAACUGGGGUCCCUGAGCCCCUUGACCCUCAGAGCAGCAGCUCAGAAGCUGGGGAAAGCAAAGAGGUCACUACAUCUGUUGCUGAAAAUAAGAACCUUCUAGAAAAUGCAGUUAAGACUGAAAGUUCCACAGCAAGAACGGAUUCUCCUCUCAGUGUCCCAACCCCUCUCCUCCCAGAGUCAACUGUCAGUGUGACCCCCCAGCCCAGCGCCAGUCUUCAGGACUUGAGUAUGUUGAGUGUGGACGCAGGGUCACCCUCGGGGUCACUCUCGGCUGCCCCACCUCCCACUGACAGCUUGCAGUUGUUGAACACCUCCCCCAAAGUGCCUGACAAGAACACCUGCCCCAGUGGGAUCCCCAAGCCAAUCUCCACACAUUCUGAGGGUACACCUUCCUCACAGGAGGCACUGGAGAGCCACCAGGUUGAAAGAACAGCAGAAAGGACAGAACCCAAGCCCAUCAUUUUGCCCAAGCCCAAGCACGUGAGGCCCAAGAUCAUCACCUACAUCAGGAGGAGUCCGCAGGCUCUCGGCCAGGUGGACACUUCGCUGGUCCCAGUGGGCCUUCCUUAUGCUCCGCCCACAUGUAACACGCCUCUCCCCAAAGAGGAGAAGGUGGCAGGCAGAGACCUGAAGCCGGCUGCCAGCCUCUACGAGAAGUUCAAGCCAGACUUGCAGAAGCCGAGGGUCUUCAGUCCUGGGUUGAUGGUAUCUGGGAUCAAACCCCCAGGACACCAUUUCAGUCAGAUUAGUGAAAAGUUUUUGCAGGAGGUUACGGAACUCCCUGGAAAAGAAGAAUUUUGUUCUCCUCCCUAUGCACACUACGAAGUUCCUCCCACCUUCUACCGCUCCGCCAUGCUCCUUAAGCCCCAGUUGGGAUUGGGCGCGAUGUCCCGUUUACCUUCUGCAAAGAGCAGGAUCCUGAUCGCCAGUCAGAGGUCUUCAGCAAGCGCUAUCCACCCGCCAGGACCCAUGGCAACAGCUGCAAGUCUCUACAAUUCUGAUCCUUCAG